AUGACUAAACAAGAACAAACAAAGAAGAAAACGGUUAAAGUGGUAGUGCUUGGAGAUAUCGGUAGAAGUCCUCGGAUGCAGUAUCAUGCGCUCUCACUCGCUAGUUGUGGUUGUAUGGUUAAUAUAAUUGGAUACGUGGAAACAGCACCACUUACAGAAAUUCAAGAGAAUACAAACAUUACAAUUACUCAAUUACAUCCCUUGAAGAUAGACCGACUUCCUAAGAUUCUAAAAUACUUUGCAAAAGCUUUGUGGCAAACUAUAUCAUUGUUUUUAACAUUAUUGAUAACUGGAAAAUGUGAUUACUUACUUUGCCAGAAUCCUCCGGCGAUACCUACUCUACCUGUUUGUAGGUUUUAUUGUUUGGUCACCCGAACUAAGUUUAUUAUUGAUUGGCACAACUAUGCACACACAAUUAUGGCUCUUUCACUUGGAAAUCAACAUCCACUUUUAAAAGUAGCAACUUACAUAGAAAAAUAUUUUGGGCAAUCAUCAGACAGUAAUAUAUGUGUGACAUAUGCAAUGAAAACUGAUUUGCUUGAAAAUUGGAAUAUUGUAGCUAUGGUCCUGUAUGACAAGCCACCCAAAAUAUUUAGGCCAAUAACUCUAGAAGAGAAACAUAAGUGGUUUCUAAAACUAGGACAAGAGUAUGAAGUCUUUAACGCAAAAGAAAAAUGUAGCGAGACAAGUAGACAAUCUACUGCUUUCACCGAGGAAGUCAAUAAUUCAAUUAGAUUAAAGCUUGAUAGACCAGCGCUACUGUUCAGUAGCACUAGUUGGACUGAAGAUGAAGAUUUUAGUAUCCUUAUGGAUGCAUUGCAAGUAUAUGAAACAACAUACAACUUAACAAACAAGCUACCUAAGCUCAUAUGUGUUAUAACUGGCAAGGGUCCAAUGAAAGAACAUUAUCAGAAUGAGAUUAAAGCUCGUAAUUGGCAGCAUGUUAAAGUGAUAACACCAUGGUUGGAGGCAGCCGAUUAUCCCACAAUGGUGGCAAGUGCAGACCUCGGUGUAUGUUUACAUACAAGUUCAUCAGGUCUUGACCUCCCUAUGAAGGUGGUUGACAUGUUUGGCGCUGGACUACCCGUCUUUGCUUGUGAUUUUAAAUGCAUUGAUGAACUAGUUCAGAAUGGAGAAAAUGGCUACACAUUCAAAACAAGUGAUGAACUCUCCAAACUAAUAGUGUUAUGGUUUGAUGACUUUCCAAGGAAUGUUUCUCAAAAUAAACUGGCAGAAAGAAUGAGACAAAAUCUUAAUAAAUUUCAAGAAUCAAGAUGGGAAGACAAUUGGAAUUUACGAGCUAAAAAAUUGUUUGAAUGA